CGGCGGCAGGAAGGGGCCGGAACGGCGCUUGGAGCGGCCUGGGCCGGGCGGAGUGUGGCCGGCCUCUGUAAGCCGCCGGGGGCUGCAUCGGGACCCCUAGGCGGCGGCACGCUCCCGAGUGUCCCCACGGGACGCAGGAGGUGGGGACGCGCCAGUGGGAUAAAGAGACGUGGAGAGGGGCCCGGGCCCUUCCCGGGAAGGCCGCACUAAUCUGCGCGGGUGAAGGGAGGGCGACGCGGGCCGGGACCCGGACGCGCAGGACCCCCCAGCGGGCAGGGGCGGGGCCUCCGCGGCGCCCCUCCCUCCCCCGGCCCGGGCCCUCCCCGCCCGGGGCCCGGGUCUCCCUCCCCUGCCGGCCCGACCUGGUGCCGCGCGCUCCCCCCGGGGUGCCAUGGCCUCGCGGCUCUUGCACCGGCUGCGGCACGCCCUGGCCGGCGACAGCCCCGGGGAGGCGGCGGCCGGCCCCGAAGCCGAGCAGUUCCCGGAGAGCUCGGAGCUGGGGGACGACGACGCCGAGGGCCUGUCCUCCCGCCUCAGCGGCACCCUCAGCUUCACCAGUGCCGAGGACGAGGACGACGAGGGCGAAGAGGGCGACGAGGAGGUCGCCCCCGACCCGCUGUCCCCCGGUGACGGAGCGUCGGGAGAGGACGCAGAACGGAGCCCUCCACCCGAUGGGCAGCGGGGCAGUCAGCUCCUGACCCGGCAGUUGCAGGAUUUCUGGAAGAAGUCCCGGUACACCCUGGUACCCCAGCGGCUGCUCUUCGAGGUGACCAGCGCCAACGUGGUCAAGGACCCACCCUCCAAGUACGUGCUCUACACCCUCGCCGUGAUGGGUCCAGGGCCAUCAGAUCACCAGCCAGCCCAGAUCUCUCGCCGCUACUCAGACUUUGAACGGUUGCACCGAAACCUGCAGCGGCAGUUCCGGGGCCCCAUGGCUGCCAUUGCCUUCCCUCGUAAGCGCCUGCGCCGGAAUUUUACUGCAGAGACCAUUGCCCGCCGCAGCCGGGCCUUCGAGCAGUUUUUGGGCCACCUACAGGCAGUGCCUGAGCUGCGCCAUGCCCCAGACCUGCAGGACUUCUUCGUGCUGCCUGAGCUGCGGCGGGCACAGAGCCUCACCUGCACUGGCCUCUAUCGUGAGGCUCUGACGCUCUGGGCCAAUGCCUGGCAGCUGCAGGCCCAGCUGGGCACCCCCUUGGGCCCAGACCGCCCUCUGCUGACGCUGGCUGGGCUGGCUGUGUGUCACCAGGAGCUGGAGGACCCUGGGGAGGCCCGGGCAUGCUGUGAGAAGGCCCUGCAACUGCUGGGAGACAAGAGCCCCCACCCUUUGUUGGCACCCUUUCUGGAGGCCCAUGUGCGGCUCUCCUGGCGUCUGGGCCUGGACAAACGCCAGUCAGAGGCCUGGCUCCAGACCCUGCAGGAGGCAGGCCUGACCCCUACGCCACCUCCCAGUCUCAAAGAGUUGCUCAUCAAGGAGUUGCUGAACUAACCUUGCCUAGACUUAAGGCCACUGUGGGGAAGGCACUGCCCCAGGUUCAGCGUGGGGAAGCACAGUGAGGACAUGGACAGAAGCUGGGAGGCUAUGGGGUGCGCUGGGAACCUCUAGAAGUUUCACAGAGAAUUUGUAGCAGAUGGAGGAAAUAUGCUGUUUCUGUUGAGCUGGACUCAGGACAAGCUUUGGCUGGGGUUGCCUGGGAUGGUGCCGGGAGCAAAUCUGAUGCAGCAUCUCUAGCUUCUGAGUACCUGGGGGCAAUGCUCCAGGUCAGUGGCAAUGCUACCUUUCUGUGGGCCUCCAAGCCAGCAAGGCAGCCUGGCUGAAAGACCAGGGACUCACCCUCUGGAGUCCUGGAGUUGAUGGCUGGAGAGAGGGCUGCAGUUCUUUGCCCAGGGGAAUUAAAGGCCCGCAGCUCCAGCGC